AUGGCUCAUUGCGAGCGGGCAUCGAAGCCGCUACUCCAAUGCAUUCGCAAAACCUACGCUAGGAGCCUCCCUUCCGUCCAGGCGCGCGGCUUCCAGUCGUCGGCUGCCGUUGCAGAGGCUCAAGCCGAACAGAGCCAACCAUUCCACAAGAACCCUGACCCAUCGCUUGUCACCAGCCCCCGCCUGGAGCGACAAUUGAUGCGACAGGGCACCAACCCCAUUGGCUCUCGUCGUCGCCGUGCUGCGCUGCAGGGUUCCGCGAAUAUUCCCUUCGAACAACUGCCCUACCAAUGUUUCCAGGAGGCGCGAAAGGUCCUGCUGGAGGACCGUACCGAGAAGCUGAAAGAGAUCGAAUCAAUGAGGCAAAAAAUUGCGAAGGUGGAGGCUCAACCUGUUGAAGAGGCUGGAGGCGAGCAGGCACAAAAGUCUCGCGUGCGCGCCAUGCAAUUGCACUUGGAGCGCCUCAAGAUCCAUGCCGACAUUAAUGACCCCCUAGUCAAGCGGAAAUUCGAGGACGGACUCGGCGACAUGAGCAAGCCCAUCUACCGCUAUCUGGCCGACCGGAAAUGGCGGGAAUACCGCCGCAAGAUUCUGGUGCAGCGCAUCACGCAGAUGAACGUUGUUCCCGAUGUCCUGCCUCACUGCGAUCCGAUUGUGGAUACCAAGCUGUACUUCAACAAGCGACAGGUCCAGCCCGGAGAUUUUGUCGACGCAAAGGUCAGCUCAGAGGCGCCUAAGCUUGACAUCCAACUGUUCGAGCGGGGAGAGAAGCUGGUCACUAUUGCCGUUGUCGACCCCGAUGUUCCUAAUGUGGAGGCGGAUAGCUUCGACUUCCGGAUGCAUUACCUGGCUGUCAACGUGCCCAUCUCGGCCAUCAACACUAAGGUCGACCUCUCCCAGCUUGCAGCAGACUCUCAAGUCGUUCUUCCCUGGCUGCCACCCGUCGCCCAGAAGGGCAGCCCCUACCACCGCCUCUCUGUCUUCAUCAUGGAGCAGAAGGAUUCACAGCCCCUUGACUUUGCCGCUGUCAAGGCGAAGGAGACUGACCGGGACAACACGCUGCUGCGUACUCUGCAGGCCCGGUACCACCUCAAGGCCAUCGGUGCCCACCUGUUCCGCAGCCAGUGGGACGACACUACUCUGGAGGUCAUGAACCAGAUCGGAUACAGCGGAGCCGAUGUCGAGCUCCGUCGGAAAAAGGUCGACCCUCUUCCUUACAAGCGGAGAAACCCCUCCACUUUCAGGUGA